GAUAAGUGGGAGCAGCCAAAUUGGCGUGGUUGGCUGGUGGUGCAAUUGGAGGCUCCCUCGGCCAGCCCAGCCUCGUGGGGAGGGGGGGACGCGAGAGAGGCAGGUGGAGUUUGCAUGCAUCAUAUGACCCGCAGAAAGUUGCACUUCCUGAAACUCCGUGCUCCGCUGUGCAGGCGUGAGUCUGGCUGCUAGAUAGCCUUUGCGCGGCAGGGCGGGGGUAUGCCAGCCCUUUCCAUGGGGGGCUCCUCAAAGUAUGGGAUCCUCUUCUCCCUCUUAACCGCCUGGAUGCUGGCCAUGGGGACAGUGAUAGAGGCAGGAGGUGGAAGGAGGGAGAGGCACAACAUACUGCUAAUCCUGACAGAUGACCAAGACUUAGUGCUCGGGGGCAUGACUCCCAUGAAGAAAACACAAGUGCUGAUUGGCCAGUCUGGGGCCUCCUUCUCCAAUGCAUUUGCAGUCACUCCACUGUGCUGUCCCAGCCGCAGCAGCAUCUUGACUGGCAGCUACCCUCACAACCACCUGGUGAGAAACAAUUCCUUGGAUGGCAACUGUAGCAGUCAGCUUUGGCAGAAGUUUCAGGAGCCGUUUACCUUUCCAGUGUAUCUGCAAAAGCGAGGCUACCAAACGUUCUACGCUGGCAAAUAUCUCAAUCAGUAUGGUGAUCCCCAAGUAGGAGGUGUUCAACAUAUCCCCAUGGGCUGGACAUACUGGCUAGGUCUGGUGGGGAAUUCCAAGUAUUACAACUAUACCCUUUCAGCCAAUGGCCAUGAGGAGAAGCAUGGAGAACACUAUGAGGAAGAUUACCUCACUGACCUCCUUACAAAUCGGAGCUUGGAAUUCCUGCAGAAGCUCUCUCAGCCUCCCUUCCUCAUGGUGUUAGCUCCACCUGCCUCACACUCCCCCUGGACCGCAGCCCCCCACUACAAGUCGGCCUACAGCACCAUCAAAGCACCACGUACUGGAAGCUUCAAUGUCCAUGGGAAGGACAAGCAUUGGCUGGUGAGGCAAGCGAAGACUCCCAUGUCAAACACGUCCAUUGAGUUCUUGGACAAUGUCUACAGGGAGCGAUGGCAGACUCUUCUGUCUGUGGAUGACAUGGUGGCAAAGGUGCUGGGCCAGUUGGAGUCUCUUGGCUUGAUGAGUAACACAUAUGUAUUCUAUACCUCUGACCACGGUUACCAUGUUGGUCAGUUUUCUCUGCCCAUUGACAAGCGGCAACUUUAUGAGUUUGACAUUCGGGUGCCAUUGCUUGUGCGUGGCCCAGGUAUCAAACCAAAUCAGACUCGUCUGGAGCCCAUCCUCAAUAUUGACCUGGGUCCCACCUUCCUGGACAUUGCAGGAAUCAACGUAUCUCAGACUCCCAUGGAUGGACAGUCCUUCCUGCCUCUGCUGGUGAACAAGACACAUAAUAGUAGCUGGCGGUCUGAUUUCCUGGUGGAGUACACAGGAGAAGGCAGUGGGGGCAGAGACCCUAAGUGUCCAAGCUUAGGACCUGGAGUAUCGCAAUGCUUUCCUGACUGUGUGUGUGAGGAUGCCUUCAAUAACACCUAUGCCUGUGUGCGCACAUUGAGCCCUAUCAACUUGCAGUAUUGUGAGUUUGCUGAUACCCAGGCUUUUGUAGAAGUUUAUAAUAUGACUUCAGACCCACAUCAACUUGUCAAUAUAGCUAAGACUGUGGACCCAUCACUGUUGGAGCAGAUGAACCAGCGGCUGAUCAAGUUCCAGGCUUGCUCUGGUGCCAGCUGCCGCUCCUAGAGACCCUCGACGUUGCUGUCACUCAAGGACUGUGCCAAGGAACCCAGGAAGUCAUGACCACCUCUCUUGAUUCUUGCCUUCUUCCUCUCUGAUCUGCCCUUAUGCUGGUUAUGUGUUCUGGAUUUCUUGGGUGGCAAGCCCAAUUCAGCAGAUAGUUUUGUUGAUGAGAUUUGGUGCCAGGAGGAUGGGGUGGUGAGCUGGAGGAGUUGGUUGAAGUUCAGGUCAGGUCAUUUCCCUACAGUGACCUGAUGCCAUUUCCUGUUGUCACUUUUUCUGCUACUCAUCCACAUCCUUUUUUUGUCUCAGAUUGACAUGCCAAAUAACUCUAUUUAGAGGGCCAGAUAUGAUCUAAGGGAAAACAGUUGCUGAUACUGACUCUAAAGUAUUCGUUACAGUCAGACAACUGAAAGACAACCUACCCUCCCUGUUAUGAAGUAUGGGUUCACUUUCUCAUUUAACAAAUACAUCCAGUUCCUGAUAGUUACUGGAUUAUCACCACCAUGUUUUCCUCUCUUUCUAAGAUCUGAGUGUUGUUUGUUCCUACCCCUCCACUGUCCUUAGGAGUUUUGAUUCAAAUACUGUAACCUAUAGUGGCUCUGGAAGCUGCUGUUUGAUCCUAUGUGUGACUUUCUUACUUAGUGCUGUGAAAAUAAAUGGAAUAAAAGAC